AUGAGGAGGACAGAGGAGUGGAUUGAGACAGGCUUAAAUCUGGCUGAUCAGACGCUGCUGCUGCACUCACCACAGCUCCACGCUCUGGGCUUUUCUCAUGGAGUAGACGCCAACAUCUUUCACCCCACAACAAUACAGGCCAACGUUAUUCUAUGGCGUUUUAGCCCUCAUGCAACUCCACCAUCUCCUGUGCAGCCAUCUCGUCAACGCGGAUUACACAGGGAGACUAUUAGAGAACUGACCGCCAAACUUGCCCUGUGCGAAGGAUUUGGACAUAACAACAAUAAGGAUCAUCACCACGGCCUCAACUCCCAUCAUGCAUCAGGGGUUGGCCAUCACAGUGACAAUGGGCACUAUGGUAACCAUCACUAUGGAAGUUAUAUCCCGGAUUCACCGCAACAUCACACAACUGGAGUGAAGGACAGACACGUGACUGCGGGGGACAGCAGCUCUUCUCCCGAGCACAGCGAGAGGAUGCUGCUGGCGCUCAAAGAAAGACUGGAAAAUCUGCAGAAAAGGAACUCCUCGGUGGCGUACUCCAGCUCUCUGAAGGAGCUGCUGCAGAGGAAGAUCAUCGCUCUGGAGACGCAGCUGCACCACCACACGGGGGCACUGUCUGACCGCCACAGCGACCACCAGGGCGAUUACCACAACAACAACGAUCACCAUGACAACCACCACGAUGAUCACCAUGAUAACCACCACAGUGAUCACCAUGACGACCACCGCGAUGAUCACCAUGACGACCACCAUGAUGAUCACCACGACAACCACGACGAUCACCACGACGAUCACCACGACGAUCACCAUGACAAUCACCAUGACGACCAUCACCCUAACAACGAAGCAGACAACGGGUUUGUGUCUCGCACCGCAUUCAGACGUCCCGGACCACGUGCCGGAUUCCAGGCCAACAAACUGGAGACGAUGUUGAACCAGCUCCACCAGACAGGGUCGAGUAGAGUGAAAAGUCCCGAUGCCUUUCUGAUCAAUUUUCCGAUGAGGACAAACUACAUGUACGGGCGUGUAAAGAAGACACUGCUGCAGGAGAUCUUUGCCUUCACCCUGUGUAUGUGGAUCAAACCUGGGAUGGGUCCAGGCCUGGGCACACCCUUCUCUUAUUCUGCACCGGGACAGUCCAACGAGAUCGUGCUCAUUGAGUGGGGCAACAACCCCAUUGAGCUGCUGAUUGAUGAUAAGGCCGUGACGCUGCCAUUGUCGCUGAUCGACGGGAAGUGGCACCACGUGUGUGUGACGUGGAGCACUCGAGACGGGCACUGGGAGGCCUACCAGGACGGCCAACAGAAGGGCUCCGGGGUCGACCUGUCCUCCUGGCACCCCAUCAAACCAGGAGGCGUCUUCAUCCUGGGACAAGAGCAGGACACUCUGGGCGGCCGGUUCGAUUCCACUCAGUCCUUCAUGGGGGAGAUGUCGGAGGUGCACCUGUGGUCCCAUGUCCUGAGCUCCGGCGACAUCCAGAGCCUCUCCUCCUGCGGCAGCCACCUCCAAGGGGACGUGUUUGCCUGGACAGAGGCCGAGGUGGAGCUGCACGGAGGGGUCACCAGGCAUCCCUACGACCCCUGCCAUUGA